AUGGCUGACCAACCCACUAUUCGCCUCGCUACGGCAGAGGACGUCCCCCUCAUCCUCCAGUUUAUCUGUGAGCUCGCCGACUAUGAAAAAGCCCUCCACGAAGUCGAGGCCACUGAAGAGUCCCUCCGAGCAACCCUCUCCUUCCCCAAUGACCCGCCCAAACGCGGCUCCGUCUACACGGCUCUGAUCACGCCCCCGCCAACCGCCGAGACUCCCUCCCCGAAGCCCGUCGGCAUGGCUCUCUUCUUCUACAACUACUCUACAUGGCGCUCCGCACCGGGCAUCUAUCUGGAGGACCUGUAUGUCCAGCCUUCGGCCCGCGGCAACGGCUACGGCUUCAAGCUGCUCAAGUACCUGGCCAAACAGGUCCUGGAGGUGAAGGGCCGCCGCUUGGAGUGGAGCGUGCUCACGUGGAACACACCUAGUAUCAAGUUCUAUGAGCAGGUCGGGGCAAAGGGUAUGGAUGAGUGGAUGAAGAUGAUGGUUGAGGGACCGGCCCUAAAUAAGUUGGCAGAGGGUGUAUAG